ACAAAAUAAGAAGCGAACCAACUCAUUCCUCCUCUUGCUUGCUCGAGGCGAAGUGCUCUGUGGAUGUCUUCCAAGGAAUCGGCUCGUCCUCUUGCUCCGAUUUGGAUAGUUCACAGAUGUCAAAUUGGUCUGUUUGAAUGAGUGGGGGAAGCGGGAAGUGAAAUCUUUCGAAGUCGAUCGAGGGGAAAUCUUCUCCCUGAGCUAUUCGUCGUCGGAUUUUGUUGGAAUGAGGCUGAAGUGAAUAGGUCAUUUUACUACACUGAGAAAGCUUGGAGAUCUGCACCUAGGAAAAUGGAUAUGUGGUGAUCAGGGUUCGGCUUUCCACAAUGAGAGAAACUGAAGACUCCGUUUUGUAUCAGGCUGAGAGUUUACCCUCUGGGUCUGUAUCAUUUGGCCGCUUUGAAUCUGAAACCUUGUCGUGGGAAAAAAGGUCAUCAUUCUCUCAUAACAGAUACCUUGAAGAGGUUGAGAAAUAUGCUACACCUGGUUUGGUUACUCAGAAAAAAGCUUAUUUUGAGGCUCACUUUAAGAAGAAGCCACUUUUGCAUCUCAACUCAUUCGGUAGUCAAUAUGAAAAAUACCAACCUACCAAAGAUCAUAUUGAAUUCUGUAAAGAUGAUCUUGUUGAAUGCGGUGAUAACGAACCCACUGAAUUUACUUUCUAUGAUGAGACACCUCCAAUUUCUUAUGAGCACGAGUUGGUCAUACAUGAACAUGACAAACAAGUUUUGAGCCCCGAAUUCUCACAAGAGUUUAGUCCAUCAAUAAGUGAGCAUCUUAUAGUUUGUGGUGUUGUAGAGUGUGGUGAAGCACACCAAAUACAAUCAAAUGAUGAUAUUCCAGGAGAUGAGACUCUGCAAAUGGUCUCUAAAGAGAACCAUGAGCAUAACUCUGGUUCCCCUCAAGAACAACAUGAUGAAGUGCAAAUUGCAACUGAAAUUCCUGCAGAUCUGGUAAAUAAGGCUGCUGCUUCCAAGAAAACAGAGAAAAUUACUCUCAAAGUAAAGGGAGAACUUGAGAAGCAAAUUACAAAAGCAAAAUCAAAGAAUCAGUUAGCAGAUUCACAAAUUAUGAGAAAGCCUUCAACUCAGAAGAAUUCUCGUUAUCCUGAUAAGAUAUUUGCAAAAAGAACAGAUGAGGUGGAGAGAGAAAGCACAAAGAAGGCACAACCAGGAAUGAAAUUGCCUGAAAGAGUUCCAAGAAAUACUCUUGAUGCUAAAUCCCAGAAAUUUGAGGAUUCAGAAAAGCUGAUAGCCAAAGUAAAAGUAGAAAACAGAAGAAAUAAAGGUCAAAGCAAAAACAAGGUAGUGCAAAUCCCUAAUCCUAUUGCCGGAAAAUGUCAAAUUGAUGAGCCACAUUUUAUGAACAGAUCUUUGAAGUAUCCUGUUUCAGCUAAGACAGAAGUUAGUCAAGGUACUUCGGACUUCCAUUUCAAAAGUGAAGGGCGGGCUAUGAAACGAAAAGAGUUUUACACGAAGUUAGAAGAAAAGCUCCAUGCCAAAGAGGCCGAGAUGACUGAGAUCCAAAUUAGAACACAGGAAGAAGCAAAAACAGAGAUUAAGCAGCUUAGGAAGAGCCUUAACUUCAAGGCAACUCCUAUGCCUUCUUUCUACAAUGGAGCUGCACGUGGCGCCACCAGAAGCAAAAAGGUGGUUGAAAUGCCUGCAAGUGUUCCCAAGUCACAAAACAAUACUAAGAUUCCUACAAAAGGAAGUUCGUCUAGAGAUACUUCUCUAGGGUUGUCUAAGAUCAAUCAAGAAGGCUCCUCAACUGGUGAACCAACAACCUCAAAAAGUGGUAAGCUUCAAGAGGCACAAGCUCCAGCGAAGAAGCAUGAGAAGAGCAACUCCAGUGCAAAACAAGGAGAUGGCAUCAGAAAGAAAGAACCAAGACGAACUGCAGCGAGAACCAGUGUCAGAAGGACGACAACAAAGGCCAUUUCCAACUGAGAUUUUGCAGAUCGAGUGGACUCACAAACUGUGCAAUUUGGUUCGUUGUCAAUGCCUCGUCAGCCAGUUUUUGAGAGAAAUGCAGCUUCAUUGUGGAUUUUGUAGAUCUUAUUGCGGAUUUUGUAGAUCUUAUUGCGGAUUACGGUGAUGUUAUGCGAGGAAAUAUUAGCCAAAUUCGUUUUUAAACCACGCUUGUAUUUUUGAUCCAAACAUUGUGGACUAUUCCAAGUUUUGUGAAAAAAAAUAAUGAUAGUAAAUUGUAGCAAUUUAAAAAA